GCGGCGGCGGCGUUGCUGUCCCGGCCUCGGCCCCGCGCCCUGCCCCGGCCGCUGCGGCUGCGGGCGGAGGUGAGGGCGCCGCGGGCGGAGCUGCAGCGCGGCCGGCCGGGCCCCGCGCCGCCCCCUGCCCCGCGCCCGCCGCAUGCCCGCCGCCCGCGCCCGUGCAGCAGGGCUUCUCCGACAGCUGGCCACGAGGAAUGCCUGAGACCCCAGGCUGGGGGUAGAGCUGCGCACACGCACCUUUGCCUGCUGCUGCCCCCUUGUGAACGCCAGCCAGGGCCUGCCGCACUCUUGCUUUACAGAGGGGCCUUCAUCUCCCAGUCUUUGGCCAGGAUACGUCCACCUGUCUCCGGACGCCAUGAACUCCCAGAAUGAGUCAGAUGGGGUAUCCGGAUGCGAUCAGUCACUGGAGCUCUUGUCCCGGGCGCAGAUCCACACGCUACCUGUGGCAGCAGUCGACGUGAAGCCAGCGCUGCCUGUGGCCAUGCCGAACUCCUCCUGCAGUAGCAUCCCAGUGGACCUGCGGACGGAGGCCCGUGCCAGCCUGCCCAGCGUGGACCCCACGGUGCGGGAGCAGCAGCUGCAGCAGGAGCUGCUGGCCCUGAAGCAACAGCAACAGCUGCAGAAGCAGCUGCUCUUUGCAGAAUUUCAGAAGCAGCAUGAGCACCUGACCCGGCAGCAUGAGGUCCAGCUGCAGAAGCACCUCAAGCAGCAGCAGCAGGAGAUGCUGGCGGCAAAACGGCAGCAGGAGCUGGAGCAGCAGCGCAAGCGGGAGCAGCAGCGGCAGGAGGAGCUGGAGAAGCAGCGGCUGGAGCAGCAGCUCCUCAUCCUCCGCAACAAGGAGAAGAGCAAAGAGAGUGCCAUCGCCAGCACAGAAGUGAAGUUGAAGCUUCAGGAGUUCCUGCUCAGCAAGUCAAAAGAGCCGAUAGCAGGCAGCCUCAACCAUUCCCUCCCACAGCACCCCAAAUGCUGGGGAGCCCACCACACCUCGUUGGACCAGAGUUCCCCUCCCCAGACAGGAAGCCCGGGAACACCGCCAUCCUACAAACUCCCCUUGCUUGGCACCUAUGACAGCAGAGACGACUUCCCGCUUCGGAAAACAGCCUCCGAACCCAAUUUAAAAGUGCGCUCACGGUUAAAACAGAAGGUGGCGGAGAGGAGGAGCAGUCCCCUGCUGCGCAGGAAAGAUGGGACCGUCAUCAGCACGUUCAAGAAGAGAGCAAUCGAGAUUACAGUGUCCUCGGUGUGUAACAGUGCCCCGGGAUCUGGCCCCAGCUCCCCCAACAGCUCCAACAGCACCAUCGCUGAAAACGGCUUCACCGGCUCCGUGCCCAACAUCCACACUGAGCAGAUGCUGCCCCAGCACCGAGCCCUCACUGUGGAUGGGACAGCGAGCCAGCUCAGCCUGUACACCUCCCCCUCGCUCCCCAACAUCUCCCUGGGGUUGCAGGCCACCGUCACCGUGACUAACUCCCACCUUAAUGCCUCCCCAAAGCUCUCUACACAGCAGGAGGCAGAGCGCCAAGCCAUCCAGUCACUGCGCCAGGGCGGCGCGUUGACGGGAAAGUUCAUGAGCACCUCAUCCAUCCCUGGCUGCCUGCUGGGGGUGGCGCUGGAGGGUGACACCAACAGCCAUGGGCACUCCUCCCUGCUCCAGCAUGUCCUGCUCCUCGAACAGGCACGGCAGCAGAACACGCUGAUUGCUGUGCCGCUCCAUGGCCAGUCCCCACUGGUGACAGGUGAGCGCAUCUCCACCAACAUGCGGACGGUGAACAAGCUGCCCCGGCAUCGCCCGCUGAGCCGCACCCAGUCCUCGCCACUGCCCCAGAGCCCCCAGGCCCUGCAGCAGCUGGUCAUGCAGCAGCAGCACCAGCAGUUCCUGGAGAAGCAGAAGCAGCAGCAACAGCAGCAGAUUCAGCUUGGCAAGAUCAUCACCAAGACAGGGGAGCUGCCCCGCCAGCCCACCACGCACCCAGAGGAGACGGAGGAGGAGCUGACAGAGCAGCAAGAAGGGCCGCUGGAGGAGCCGGUGCCCCUGGGGCAGGGCUCCUUUGCUGUGGAUGGCUCCACAGAGAGCGAGAGCACGCAGGACGACUUGGAGGAGGACGAUGGUUGUGUUCCACUGAAGGACAAUGCAGGCGAGAGUGGGGCUGAGGAGGAGCACACUGAGGUUCAGGACGUGGCCUACAAGCAGGUGUUCCCUGAUGCCCAGCAGCUGCAGCCUGCCCAGCUGUACCAGGUGCCCCUGAGCAUCAUCACCCUGCCGCACCAAGCACUGAGCCGCACCCAGUCCUCGCCUGCCUCCUCAGGCAUGAAGAGCACUGGAGCCGAGCCCCCAGUCAAACACCUCUUCACUACAGGUGUGGUCUAUGACACAUUCAUGCUAAAGCACCAAUGUAUGUGUGGGAACACUAACAUUCACCCUGAGCAUGCUGGGAGAAUCCAGAGCAUCUGGUCCAGGCUCCAGGAGACCGGCUUGCUGAGCAAGUGUGAGCGGAUCCGGGGCAGGAAAGCCACGCUGGACGAAAUCCAGACAGUGCAUUCAGAGCAUCACACGUUGUUAUACGGAACCAGCCCUCUCAACCGGCAGAAACUUGACAGCAAAAAGCUGCUGGGUCCCAUCAGCCAGAAGAUGUAUGCGGUGUUGCCCUGUGGAGGCAUUGGGGUGGACAGUGACACGGUGUGGAAUGAGAUGCACUCAUCCAGCGCAGUCCGCAUGGCUGUGGGCUGCUUGGUGGAGUUGGCUUUCAAGGUGGCCUCAGGAGAGCUCAAGAAUGGGUUUGCGGUCAUUCGGCCUCCGGGGCACCACGCUGAGGAGUCAACUGCGAUGGGCUUCUGUUUCUUCAACUCUGUUGCCAUUGCUGCCAAGCUGCUCCAGCAAAAGCUCAAUGUGGGCAAAAUCCUCAUUGUGGACUGGGACAUCCAUCAUGGCAAUGGGACUCAGCAGGCCUUCUACAGUGACCCCAGCGUGCUCUACAUCUCCCUACAUCGCUAUGACAAUGGGAACUUCUUCCCCGGCAGUGGGGCCCCUGAGGAGGUUGGCAGUGGGAUGGGCGUGGGGUACAAUAUAAACAUAGCUUGGACAGGUGGUGUGGACCCCCCCAUCGGAGACGUGGAGUACCUGACUGCAUUCAGGACGGUGGUGAUGCCGAUAGCCAAUGAGUUCUCCCCAGAUGUGGUCCUGGUCUCUGCUGGCUUUGACGCAGUCGAGGGACACCUGUCUCCCCUGGGUGGCUAUUCUGUUACUGCGAAAUGUUUCGGACACCUGACCAAGCAGCUGAUGAAGCUGGCUGGUGGGCGUGUGGUGCUAGCCUUGGAAGGGGGGCAUGACCUGACAGCCAUUUGUGAUGCCUCGGAGGCCUGCGUCUCUGCUCUGCUCAGCUUAGAGCUGGACCCCCUGGACCCAGCGAUCCUGCAGCAAAAGCCAAAUGUAAAUGCCGUGACCACGUUGGAGAAGGUCAUUGAAAUCCAGAGCAAACACUGGAGCUCUGUGAAGCGCUAUGCCUCUGUGGUCAGCUGUUCCUUGCUGGAGGCCCAGAAGGGCGAGGCGGAGGAGGCCGAGACAGUAAGUGCCAUGGCAUUGCUAUCAGUCGAUGCAGAGCAAGGAAGCACAGACUGCAACCCCAGACAAGUGGACGAGCCGAUGGAGGCCGAGCCCGUGCUGUGAAGUGCCAACCCGUCGUGUAGCCGUCGUCACUCUUGUGGGUUUUUUUGGUCAUUUGUGAUUUUGUUUCAAAAACAAAAAAAAGAAAAUUCUUUUUUUUUAAUUAAAAAGAAGAGAAAAGAAACAAAAAAACCCCCACAUCACACUUGCCUCAGCCACUGAGCGGCGCGUGCAAUUGCUUGUGUCCGUCUCCAGCCAUCUGGACCCACCAGCAUCUCAAACUCAACCCCGUGCCUCCGGGAUCCAGGGGCUGGGUUGGGUUCUCCUUCACGUUCUUUCCCCCGUUUCCUUCUCCUCCUCCUUUUUUGGGGGAGGGUUCCAUCGUUCUUCCCUCCUGACACCAUGCAGUAGCAGCUAAAUGAGGAGCCGUUUCACGUUGGAGUCUUUUGCACUUUGGGACUGGGAGAGAGGAGAUCUCCAAACGGAUCAAAACGCUAAGCAGCAGCAUGUCCCGUUUUCUCUUCCUCUCUCUUCUUUUCUUGUUCCCUUUUUCCUGCUCAUGCCAGAACCUGAGCUCUGGGGCUUUCUUGUAUUUAGGUUUUUUUUACCCUUCACACCUGAAUUCAUCUUUCUGUCAAUGGUGUUUAAGUGUUUCUUAAGACAGAAGUGACUCUUGAUUCUUCUUGAAGACGGUCCCUGGGGAAGGCGGAAGGAAAUAUUUGUGCCUUUAAUUAAGUCAUUUUUUUUUAAUGCCUUAAUUUCCCUGUGAUUUUCAUUUUUCUCAGUUUAGUUACCGUUUCUGAGGGAGAUAUACAUAUAUAAAUACAGGGGAAAAAUAAGAGUCACGCUAUAGUAUGAUUCGAAAUCUACCCCCACCCACCAUCCCCUCUCACUCCCUCCGGCUCCUCACCCUGUAAUUAAUCCCUUUGUAAUUAAGAGAGCCAUUGUGAGCAUAUGUUCCUGACCAAUGCUUUCUGGAAGUUGGUUUUUUUUGUUUUGUUUUGUUUUGUUUUGUUUGGAGAAGCCUCGUCUCACUGUAAAUAAUUUGAUUUCCUGUAUCAUGUGCACAAAAACUUGGUUUCGACGAAAACUUUUUUUGUCCGUUCGUAAAAAAGAAAAAGAAAAAAAAAACUAUUUUCUUUUCCUGUUACUUCACCAGCCUAAGAGAACUUAGAACGAUUUUAGCUUUAAAAGAGAAACAAAGGUAUAUAAUUUUAUUACAGAUGUAUUAUUUAAUAGUAUUUUUUUAAUUGCGCCACACACGCUUUUCCUUUGGAAAGUCGGGUGGGGGGGAGCCAGGGAUUUGUAACAAGGACAGAAAUGGGUCGUUUUGUUUUAAAUUAUUCUUUGGUGAUGGGAUUUCUCGGUUUCGGGUGAUGUCAGACUCCGUGUCGUGUUGAUUUGCUCUGAGUUGAAGUCUUGACAAAGCCCAUUAGGGUGACAAAUGGCUUUGGUUAUGAGUUUGCUUGUGGCUGCAUUUUCCAAUGCCCUCUCUGAGCCAUCUAAGCUUGUGACCCCCUCCCUUCUAAUGUUCCUGCACCCCCAUGUUGCAUCUGGGAUUUUGGAGUGAGGGAGAAACGAUUGGGGUUUCUUUCAGGGGGAGGAGAGUAGCCCAUUGUAGUGGGAGAGUGCAGUUGCAAUGUGCCCUGCCAAGUGUAGGAAUAGGAAAAGGCCCCCCAGGGCUGAAGUACAGGAAGGAGUGGAUCAUGCAUUGGUCCCUGCACCGGAGCAAGUACGCUGCAGCAGUGCAUUGGCCAGGGUGACUUCUCAGUGCCCAACACGAAGCGAUGCAGGAGAAUUUUGAGCUGGCUGCCGUAUGAGGGAGGCAUUCUGGGAAAUAGCACUAAGACUGCAAGCUGGGCCCUUGACUGCUGCUGGCUGCCUUUUGCAGUGGUUGCCUCCCCCACUAUCUAGUGCUUGGGGCUAGGCCUGGAUCCAAACAGCCCCAGAUGCUGUGAUCCCGGAUGCUGAUGAAUGAUCCCUAUAACGGGGGGAAAUCUGGGCCCCAGAUCCAAGCCCCACUGAGCUGUGGGCUCAGUGUUCCUGUUGCCAGAGGGAUGCCUUCCUCUGUAGGCAGUUAUCUUCCCUUCACUUUCUUGGCCCCCCCUCUCCCCAGCAUUAGACUGGGCAAAGAUCCUGCCCAUGCCAGCACUUAACCCCAGUAACAACAAGUGGAGGGCAGGCAGACCCAUAGCAGACAUUCCUGUGGCUCCACCCUCCUCUGCAGGUUGGGCAAGAUUCAGGGGGCUUCUGGCCUCCCAUCUACAAUGUAGACGGGAUAAUCUGGCUGCCCAUUGUCACAGCCAGGUCUUGUGCCCUUCAGACCUGAGAUCAGUGAACAGAUCUUCUGCAUCCUUGCACCCUGUUUUCUCACUGAGCCCCUUUCCCCUCCUUUCCAAGGCUGGCUCCAAAGCAUCCUUCCUCUGGGUGGUGUCCUAGCCCUAGGGGCCAGUAGGAGCACAUCUCCCACCAGAGAGUCUGGUACCCAACACUAACAGGAGAGGAGGGGAGAGUCAGUGCAAUGCAUAGUUGAGAACACUACAUGGCACUGGGCAGCACUGCUACUGAGCACUACGUCCCCAUCCCCACCCUCAGCUGUGGCCAGGGCAAUUGGAAAGGCCCUUGGGGUAGGCUGGGCCUGUGCACCUCAGCCUUGACUUUGCCGCCUUCCAGGGGUUUGCCCUGGGAUCCCCUGUGGCUUCUGAGCACUCCCGUCCAUCAGAGCCCAUGUACAGCUCCAGUGCUUUUCAGAUCCUGGCUGCCUUCCCCCCAGGCAGGGCAGAGGCCUCUCCAGCUCCAAGAUCCCAAGAGCAUGUUAAGCCAGGGCAACACCUGCCAGAGGCAGCCCUGGCCUUGCCAUCUUGGUUUCAGGCCCUGUGGCUCCCCCAGACGAACGUCCUGCUUUGACUGGGAGGUUGUAAGGAACCCAACUCUGCCAGGGCAGAAACCAGACAGCUCCUCUGCCUCUACUUAUCAGCACCUCACCCCCCACCCCAUCCUCUGGGCCCUGCUGGGAUAUGCCAGCUGUUGGCCUUGUUGGUAGCAUGGACAGGGUGACAAGGCCAGUCGCAGCCUCUCAAGUAGGAGGCACGAGGGGAUUGCUGUGGUGGAAACGAUGGAGGCAGGAGUGUUUGUGCCUAGGAUUUUUCAAACAGCUCCACCACAAAUGGCCAGAGGGAAGGGUUUUUGCCACUAAGGGCUCUCUCAGCUUGGGGGCUGGCUCAAAAACAUGCCAGGCAUGCAAUGAUUGUAGCGUCCCAGGGUGGAGGUUCAGCUAAGCAGGUUCAUGCCCUCUAAUCUGCCUUCACCCCCCCCCAGUGCUGAGGGGACAUUAGUUCCCUGUCCUGACUUGUGUUGGGGCAUUUCCCUCUGCCUGUCCACAGUGGGGAGAGGCUUCACAGUUGGGCUGCUGUGUAGGGAGAUUGGCAGGGAGGGGAGGAUCUCUGCAUGGCCCUUAGAAGCUGAUGGGAAGUGGAGUUUGCUCCAGGGACAAAACCUGCCUCCUCUGUUGGUGCUGCUGUUAGCUGUGGGCAGAUGCUAAGGGCUUGAGUAGGCCAUGCAAAGUGAUCUCUCUCCAUGUCCCUAUCUUUGGGGGCUUCCUUGUCAGGUGGGAGCUGGGCCCUCCUCAGCCUUUGGCAGGGCUGCCUCCAGGAGAGAUGUGGACAUCCCAGACAGCUGCCUUCUGAGGGGGUGGGGGUGGGGUGUUAAGCCUGGAGAGGGGGCUUUGUGAUCUCCUAUGCGAUUCUGGUGCCUGAUGGGGCAGGAGGCUGUGCAGAUGGGGCUCAGGGGGCACUCAGCACUGGAGGCAGGGGGAGGGCAAUGCCAACAGCUCCUCCCCACUCCUGGGUGAAAGCCUUACCUCUGCCCCCCACCCCAGCCCCUAUCUCACCCCAGGAGCAGGGUGAUUCCCUUCAUCCCCCCCCCCAAGAGGAACAGCACACAGCUUCUGCCUGGGCCUGGUGACACCAGGGUAGACAAGACCUCAGCUUCUUUGUGAACUGUGCUGAAGCCCUUCACUCUGACUCCUGCAAACUAUCCCGAUCCCAUGUCUGCGAACAGCACAGCCCUGGGGCACCCAGCCCACGGCUCGUCAGGCUGACGCUCCGUGGCACAGGCAGCUGUACUGAUAGGGCUACGUGUCUUUCUGUUGCACUGGUAACUGGAGGGUCCCAUUCCUUGUUGCCCUGCAUCUUAGGCGGUUGUUUCUGUUGGUGUAAAAAUACCACCAGAUCCACAGGGUCCUAUUGUCCAGCACUGUGGCACGAGUGCGCUGACAAUGUCAGAGACAGGCCACAGGGGAACACGUUCCCAGGACAGGGCAGUGGCAAAGCCAUGGGGCAGGGAUGCCAGUGUCUUAUCUUGGGGGAGGGGGAAUUCCCCUCUAGUCUUAGGGCAGCUGAGCAAAGGAAAGCUUCUCUCCCUCCUUCCCACCUUGUUUCCGCACAGGGUUGGGUUUAUCCACAGCAGUCAGGGAGCAAGUCCCCCAAGGAAGGGAGUCCAAGCAGGUGCUGGGGGAGCUAGGGUGCUGGUUUCAGCCAGGGCUCCAUUUUCCAUUCAUUUGCAACUAAACAACUAAGGCGAACCGAAGCCAUCGCUCCGUUGGACGACUCCGUGCGUGUUUGUCCGUGGUGUGGAUUGUGUCCCCUGGGUAUCGUUUCUUGAGCUUCCCCUGUCUCGGCAGUAUUCAGUUGUUAGGGGCGCUCUGUGGGGCUCUUGUCUUUAUUUUGCUUCCCUUCCCCAUGAUGCUGUGAUGCCCCCCUCUUCCCCCAGGGGUGGGAGCUGUUUUAGCUGUCUUUAGUUUCUUCUUUUUACCCUGUCCCCCCUUUCUGUUCCCCUCCCUUGCUCUCUGUCUUUCUCUUGAUAUGGUUUUCAGUUGGGUAUUUUGUAAUCUGUUAUAAUGUUUGUCCUUGUGUAAAUAAAACUGUUUCUGGCAAUA